UGACCAACACCCAGGCGCCCGGCCCCCAGCCGGCCGGUGGCAUCCAACGAUGAGACCUAUGUGUCGCCCACCGAGCCGCACAUGUGGAGCACCCGCACAUUACAGGGACUCCUCAAUCAAGUAGGUCCCAACUGCCCGGGCGCCGUCCCGAGCCGGCGGCAGCACGAUCCUCCCCGGUGUCCCUUCUCUCACCCUUCCUCCGCAGCCCCCCGCCCCUCUCUUCUCCACCUGCUGCCUCUCUCGCCCGCUCUAUCCCCCCCCUCCCUCUCUGUCCCACACCCCCCUUGCCCCGGGACGACCGCUGUGCUCUCCUUCGUCAGCUUCUCUCCUCCUGCCUCCCCCCCCCCCCCGAUGCUGCGGAAGGUGUCACAGCCCCUCGGGAAGUACCUUUUUUCGUCACUCUUGGCUGGGCUCUUUACGCUCUAUGUCGCCGACAAUGUCGCGUAUGUGACCCUUGCCCGGGAUGAUGCCCUGGCGCCGGACAUCCGUCGUGGGGAUGUCGUCCUUGUGCGGCGGUGCGGCCCGUUCGAUUUGCGUCGUGGUGACGUUGUUGCCCUGAGGGCCGACUUGGCUCCUGGACGUCGGGAGCGCCUCCUCACUGGGGAGCUAUCCGGGGUCUCCUUCCGCCGGGUGAUCGGUCUCGGCGGGGAUCUGGUAAGUACGCGCCCGGAGGCCUUCGGCGUGUCGGCCCCUUCGAUCGGCAUGCCGCGCGCGAUGGACCCGCUCGAAUCCCACCGCCAGGCGGCGCUGGAGGCUUCCAUGCGAGAGGCCUCCCUGCUGGAGGCGACUCCCGGUCCCCCCGGGGACAUGGUUUCUUCAGACGGCGAUCCCAGUCUCGCCACCUCUUCCAUGCCGCUUGGCGCCGUGCCGCCGGCCGGGGCUCCCGGUGUUUCUCCCGGACCAGCUGACCCCCCGGCCAAGGCCGGCACCUCCCCUGCGGAAGCUGCUCCUGCCCCGGCCCCCGGCCCGGAGCAUAUUGCCAAUCACAAUGGUGGCUUCUUCGAGGUGACCCCCUUUAUCUUGCUUCAGAACAACUUCGCCUGGGUGGAACUGCCCGACGUGGCGGCCCGGUACCCGCACCUCUCGCCCGGGACCACGGUUCCCGGCAUUCACCCCAUACUGCUGGGCGGGGUUCCAGCUGCUCGCCAUGGCGUGUUGCCGGCCUCCGAGCAAAUGCCGGCCGGCGAUGCGUCGGCUCUGCUGGGCCGCCUGGCGGCUGGCGGCGCGGCCCCGACGCAGGGCCUCUUCGCCUCGGGGGUAUUGCUUCGAGCCGGGGCCACGGCCAAUGGGGCUGGCUCCGGGGCGUACGCCUACUACGCGGGGCUGGUCCCGAAGUUCCCGCUGUCCUACUUCCCGCCAGCCUCCUGCCGUGAUCGGUUCCGGUGUUCCUGCACACCGGAGCCCCCCGACCAGGGGCGGCCUCCGGCCGGCCCUGGUGGCACCGGGGCGCCCCCCUCGAUCGCACGCCCGGCCGACCAGGCCCCGCUGGACAGCAGCAACGUCGGCCCGGUGUCCAUGAGCCUGAUCGAUGGCCGGGCCGUAGCACGGCUAUGGCCGCCAGCGCGGGCGACCCACGGCCCGGCCGCGUGGUGGCAGCAAGUCGCCGGCAGCCAUGGCUGGCCGGCCAUGGCCGACUCGGGGUCCAUGCCCCGGGGCGCUGCCGCCCCGGAGUCCCUCUGGCCGCGGAGUUUUGCCCGGCGGCCCCGGUGUCCGUGUGCCCUUGUGCCCAUUCGCACGGCAGCCAACGACCCGGUGGUGUCGGCGUAUGUGUGGUGGCGGGUGGUCGCACCGGCCACCUUCUCCAAUGGCCGGGUCCUCUAUGUGUGACUGGUGUCCCGCUUCCCUGUUUGUCUGCACCUCUGUGCCCCCCCCCCCCUCGCCCCUGUCCCGCCAAAAAAAAAAAGACCCCCAACCAAAAGAAGAAGAAGAAAAGGAC